AUGGGUAUCAGGGGAUACAACAGCUUCUUUGGCGUCUUUGAGACCUAUUACACAGCACACAUCGGAACGCUCUCUAGUCGUCUCACAGACGCCGGCGACUUCCGCAUCGCAUUCGCUGCUGGCACACUACUCAACUAUCUCAGUGUAUUCAUGGCUUCUCUCAGUACGACACUCUGGCAACUCCUCCUCUCGCAGGGUCUCUGCACGGGGCUAGGUAACGGUCUGAUGUUUACUCCCAGCCUUGCUGUUGUUUCGACCUACUUUAAGCGGAGAAGAGCCCUGGCCUUUGGGAUCACUGCUACUGGAAGUGCCACGGGAGGUCUGAUGUUUCCAUCUAUGGCUCGCCGGUUUCUUGGGAGUAUUGGUUUUGCUUGUGCGGUUGGAGCCAUGGGGUUGGUGCAGCUUAUCACACUGGUCAUGGCGAAUCUACUUUUGAGGCCUCGAAUACCACCAAGACAAUCGGGUCCGUGGAUUGAUCUAGCAUCGUUCAAGGAGAAGGGUUACUUGUUCUUUGCAAUCGAAAUCUUCGCAAGUAUAUGCUAUUGGUAA